AUGUCAAAGAAACCGAAUGGGGCGCGAAAGAGCCAGGAACUCCGGCCCACCGCGGUGCCGCCAUCCGCCAUGGCCCCGAACGGGCAGCGAUAUGAUGCGGGCAUGAGGGACCGUGAUCACUAUGCCAGCCGAUUACCCAAAUGGCGAUACGACCUGCGCCAACGACUUAUACCUAUAGUACGACGGGAGACUCCGUACCUGGCACUCAUGCAGGAGAAGCUGCGAACGCCAGCACUGGACUCGUACUUCGCGCUCACUGCCAACCUCGGGACUCACACGUUCUUCAUGGUCAUGCUGCCGAUACUCUUCUGGUGUGGAUACACAAGCCUAGGCAGAGCGAUGGUUCAUGUGCUUGCAGGAGGAGUCUUCUGGAGCGGGUUUAUGAAAGAUGCCCUCUGCCUGCCGCGUCCGCUGUCACCCCCCCUGCAACGCAUCACAAUGUCCGGUUCCGCGGCGCUUGAAUACGGAUGGCCGUCGACACAUUCUACGAAUGCCGUGUCAGUGGCUGUAUAUGCGAUAUACUGUUUACGGGCUGUAGAGAACCCAGCGAGUCCAAUGGUGCACUUGGCAUUACAGGCUGCCUUCUACUGGUAUGCCAUAUCGAUUGUCGUUGGAAGACUCUACUGUGGCAUGCACGGCUUCUUCGACGUGGUGAUAGGGAGCUUGCUGGGCGCUCUUCUGUCAGUAGUGCAACUGGGCUAUGGAGAACUGUUCGACUACUGGAUCUGUGACGGCUCUUAUAUCCGGCCAUUGGUAGCCACGUUGAUCACGUUUGUGCUGGUACGCAUUCAUCCUGAACCGGCGGACGACUGCCCUUGCUUCGACGACAGCGUUUCUUUCUCUGGUGUCUUUAUCGGGAUCCAGGCCGGCGCGUGGCAUUUCGCCGGCACCAGAUUCGCACUCGACGAGCCGAUCCCUGGAACAGUCCCCUUCGACCUCCAUACCAUCGGGUGGCCUAAAACGUGCGUUCGGAUCCUGCUUGGUGUUUUGAUCAUCUUUGGAUGGAGAGGUACCGUAAAGACUUUGUUACUGCGGAUCCUGCCGCCGCUUUUCCGGAAACUCGAGCAGCUCCGCAUGAGCCUUCCGCGGAAGUUCUUCUUGAAUGCAUCACAAUACACCAUCGUCCCCACACUCCGGAAAGACGACAAUGUCAUCCCCUCACCGUACGAGAUUCCCUCGCUCCUCACCCGCUUCAGCCAUCCGCGAAGAAAGUCAAUUUCCAUCGGUCCUCAGUCCAUGGCCGACGCCUACGAAACACUAGCAUAUCGCCAAACCCAACGAAGGGAAAGCCUCUCUUCUCCCAAUGCCAAAAGUCCCCUCAGCCCCCUCGCUCGAGGUCCGCAGACUUGCAGCGGCAGCGGCAACAACUAUUUCACCUCAACUCCAUCCCGCCCGGAGUCGCCGUCUGUCAGCAGCAUGGAGAGGCCGUCGGGUGCUAACCUACUUCCCACGCCAGCUUCGUCAUGUGUCCACUUGUACGAGCAGAUGAUGGGCACAGGCGAGGUGGACAUACCGCUUACGCCGCCUGAGAGUAGCGGCAGCGCGGGCAGCGAGGAUGUUUUCGCGGAUAGCCAGCAGGAGGACGGAAAGGAAGAACAAGAGAUGUUCUUGAGCUUGGAGAAACCGCGUGUGAGGUACGACGUCGAGGUCGUCACUAAGUUGAUUGUGUACUCUGGUAUUGGUUGGCUAGCCGUUGAGGGCAAUCCGAUCUUGUUUGAGCUUUGUGGCUUGGGUAUGCGUGGCUGA